GGUUGAGUUCAGUAUAGUGCGCAUUUGGCUAGGAGGUGUGUGAGACGUCGAUCACGGGGAGGUAACGCGCGCGCUCGCUCGAUCGACACGGACGUGCUGACGUUUUUUUUUUUCGGCAGCGAGUUGAUAAUCGGAUAGAGACCACGGUCGCGCGCCCGCCGGUACCCCCCUUUCACCCUCCGGUGUGUGUGUCUCUCUCUCUUCCCCUCGGUGCCGCGCGUGCGAGGGGGUAAUCUGACCGGGGAAACGACGUAGUGCUUCGUACGAGACCGCAGGCGCGAGAGGCCCGCGUGCAUCAGGAUCGCAAACAGAGAGAUGUCAACGAAGUCGAGCAAGAAGACCGCCGCGGCGGCGGCGGCAGCGGCUGCCGCGGCCGCCGCCUCUUCCGCCGCCGUCGCCUCGUCGUCGUCGUCGAGCAACAUCCAAUCGCCGCCGCCGAGCACGUCGACGCCGAUCGUCGGCCGGCGACCCGGCAGCCCGCUCAGCCCGACCCGCUACUCCCGGCUGCAGGAGAAGCAGGAUCUGCAAAAUCUCAACGACCGCCUGGCAUGCUACAUCGAGAAGGUGCGCCUCCUGGAGUCCGAGAACUCCCGGCUGACCCGGGAGGUGCAGACCACCCAGGAGACCGUCACCCGGGAGGUCUCCAACAUCAAGGCCAUGUACGAGCACGAGCUGUCCGACGCGCGGAAGCUGCUCGACGAGACUGCCAGGGAACGCGCCAAGCUGGAGAUCGACACCAAACGUCUGUGGGAUGAUAAUGAGGAUCUUAAGAGCAAAUUAGACAAAAAAACAAAGGAUCUACAGAUUGCAGAAAGAAAUGCGAUGAUAUUCGAGACGCGAUGCAGCGACUUGCAGUCGCAGUUCAAUCAGUCUCAGGCGGAACGCAAGAAGCUGUCCGAGAAGGAGCGGGACUUGGAGAAGGAAGUUGAUCGAUUGAAAACAUUAUUGGACGACGCUCGCAAGCACCUGGAGGAAGAGACUCUCCAGCGAAUCGAUCUCGAGAAUAAUAUUCAGAGCCUCAAAGAAGACAUCAGUUUCAAGGACCAAGUUUACCAGCAGGAACUUACGGAGACACGCACAAGACGACAGGUUGAAAUAUCGGAGAUUGACGGUCGUCUCGCGGAGCAAUACGAGGCUAAGUUGCAGCAAUCGUUACAAGAAUUGCGUGAUCAGUAUGAGGCGCAGAUGCGUGCUAAUCGAGAGGAGAUCGAGCUUUUAUAUGAGAACAAAAUAAAGAAUUUGACAUCUCAUGCUCAGCGUAAUAGCGGAGUCGCCAACUUGGCAACUGAGGAAUUAAGACAGACUCGCUCUCGAAUCGAAGGGCUUAAUUCAAAAAUCAAUGAACUCGAAGCAACUAUCAAUGCUCUUAAUGCACGCAUCAGGGAUUUGGAGAAUUUACGGGAGAACGAGCGCAGUCAUCACUCGGAGAGCAUGGCUGCGUUGGAAGCGGAGUUGACGCGUAUGCGAGAGGAAAUGGCCACGCAGUUACAAGAAUAUCAAGACCUUAUGGACAUUAAAGUGGCGCUUGAUUUAGAGAUUGCUGCAUAUCGCAAGAUGCUCGAGUCCGAAGAGGCGAGAUUGAACAUCACACCUAUGCAAUCGACGAACACGUCUCUGGCCGCUGGUAGAUCAACUCCGUCCAGACACACUCCUCUCAGAGGCGGUAAACGAAAACGCACUUUGUUGGAGGAGAGCGAGGAACGCAGCAGUAGCGAUUACAGCGUUACGGGUACCGCUAGGGGUGACGUAGAGAUUUCAGAAGCGGAUCCCCAAGGGCGAUUUGUGAAACUUACUAAUAAGGGCAAUAAGGAAAUAGGCUUGGGCGGGUGGCAAAUUAUUCGCAAAGCCGGUUCUCUUGAAACCAACUUCAAGUUUCAUCGCAGCGUAAAGCUCGAUACAGGUGCUAACGUGAUGGUGUGGUCGGCUGAUAUCGGUGCGACACACGAGCCACCGUCCAACAUCGUCAUGAAGGGUCAAAAGUGGUUUGUAGCGGACAACAUGACUACAAUCCUGACAAACAUCGAAGGAGAGGAAAUGGCAACUUCUGAGCGCAAGAGGCAGCAGUUGUCCACAACUUUGUCCCGACACAGAGAAAUGGGAUUUCGACCAUCGGAAGAACUCCAUCACCAACAGAGCGAUCCCCAAGGUGAAGAGCGUUGCCACAUAAUGUGAACAUAAAUUUACCAUAAGUUUAAGAAUUAACAUAAAAAAAAAAGAUUUUAAAAGCUUGUAUGAUGAUAAAAUGGAGCUGUGUUACGCAAGCGCCGUUUAGAAACUGAUAAAAAUAAAAAGAAAUCAUGCCAUGAAUACAAAGAAAUUAAUUUAGAGUACAAUAUCAGAGAUAUAUGAGAUACAAGAUUCAUUUGUCUGGUAUUCACUUCAAAAAGAAGGAGAAUAAAAGCAGAAAUGAUGAAUAUUGCAGUUGAAACAUAUUAUAACUUUCCUUACAUUUAUGUAAUAGAAAUUAUAUAUAUAUAUAUAUAUAUUAUAUAUGUAUACAUAUAUGAGAAGAUAUUGUAUAAUAUAUUUGAACUGGCAAGAGUUCAAAUGAAACUUAACAAAUGGGUUUCGUGAUGUGAAUGAAAUACGUUUUUUUUUUUUUGCAUUUAUCAGUCUAUUCAUUACGAGGAAAUAAGAAAAAGAGGAACUGUGCUAUUAUAUUCUGUUAAACCCACAGCCGUCGAGAAACGAUUAACGAGUACGGACGGAUAUUAAUGGUAUACGCUUGUAUCCAGCAAACUGCUUCCUCUCUGUGCUGUAUACCGCGUUACAAGUUCACGUUUAUACAUCCGUUUGUACUCCCGUCCGGAAAUUGUAUCGAAAUAGCGAAACGCCUUCGAAUGUGUUUUAAUUAUUAAUUAAUAAAUAUUAAUUUCUUAAUUUUUGAUUGUAUUUAUGUUUGUUCAUUUUUUUUUGUCCAAUGGAGAAAGCAUAUUCGGGAAAAAGCGAUUGGGUUAUUAGUAUUUUU